AUGAAAUCAUCCUCCUUGCUGUCCAACCAUGCGUCGAGAAGAAUCAUUGUGGGAGAGGCCGUCAGAAUCAUCGCCGUCGACCCCAAUUGUUGGAUGAACUCCGGCGACCACAGGGAAAUUGGGGCUUCCCAAUUCGCACCUCCUAAACCCAAUUUGCCACUUGGAACAUCUGCAAAUCCCUCCCAGGAACGUGUUUCUCCCAGUGGCAAGCGUCGAGGUGGCAUAGAUUGA